UUUCCACAGUUGGCAUUAACAGUUAUUUCUUUCAUUGGCAUUUGCAUUCAAAUUUAUCUGUGUGUGGUUGGUUGUGUGUCAGUCUGUGCUAUAAUAAAACAAUUAUACCAAAAUGUAUUGCUGCAUUUAUUUUCUUUGACAGCUUUCCACAGUUGGCAUUAACAGUCGUGUACGAACGAAAGCGUGUAUGGCAUAUGGCGUGGUGCGGCAGUGUGAAAACGCAGUGAUUGUUAUUAUUGGUGAAAAUCCAGAGUUGUAGCUCUUUAAAAGUGCGAUUUUCUGCAAGUUACAUUAAUUUUCGUUGAUUGACGAAUUCUAAUCAAACUCUGUCGAAAACUGUUUUGGCCAUUCUAUUUUCCUCUCGAUUUCGCGCCCGACGGCACCUGGAGUACGUACACGUCACCGUCAAGGGAUGGCGUCAAAAAAUGCGAAGGAUAAAGAUAACCAGGAUAAACCAGUGAGAAUAAAUAAGUGGGAUGGCAAUGCUGUUAAGAAUGCUCUAGAUGAUGCAGUAAAGGAGGUGCUUACUACAAAAUUUAAUUAUGUAGAGCAUUUUGCAUUAAUGGAUGGAAGAUUAUUUAUGUGUGGCAUUGCUGUUGGAGUUGCAAUGUUUGCAUUAUUAUGGGAUUAUUUGUAUCCAUUUCCUCAGUCAAGGCCAAUUCUUAUUUUCUGUGUCUCAACCUACUUUAUAAUGAUGGGUAUUCUGACACUUUACACAACGUAUAAAGAAAAAGGCAUAUUUGUUGUAGCAAUACAGAAGGAUCCGGCUGGUUUUGUACCUGACAAUGUAUGGGAAGCCAGUUCUUACCUGAAAAAGUAUGAUGAUAAGUAUAAUUUGGUACUGUCUGUAAAAGAUGGGAAGUCUGGGGCCUGCAGAGAAGCCACUCUGAUCAAAUCGAUAGCAAAUUUCAUUGAUGAAAAUGGAACAAUAGUAUAUGAACUUCUGGAACCUGAAAUAAGUAAAUUACAUAACACGCUUUUAUUAUCUGAACGUAAGGAUAAAUGAAUGAAAUUCAGGUUCAUGAACAGUGAGUGUGUGCUUUGAUUAGUAUGUUCACUCUUUGAUCUUUGUUUCAAACAAUUUUUUUGGACAAACAUGGAGUAAGUGCAAAUGAAAUUAAUGUAUACUGUAAAAUAAAUUCCGUUAUGUUGGAGUCUUUUAUUGGUGUGAUAUUCAAUGUUGAGAUUCUGCUUCUCAAGUGAAAAUAACUAGUAUGCAGAUUUGAAAAUUGUGUGUAUAAUAUUUUAUACCAAUAAUUAAAGAGAGUGUCACAUUAAUAUGUACUUGAAAUGAUUAAUUAUCCUGAAAUAAAAUCUUCAAAGUUAUUCCAUGAA